AUGGCGGCCACCACGGUCUCCCUCCGGGAGCUGGCCGACUUGGCUAUCGGCACCCCCGAGGUGGGCGCCGUCAACUUCACCGCCCUCCAUACGCUAAUCGUGGCCAUACUCAAGAAGCUCAACCUCCAUGAGGCCCAGACUGACUUCAAGUCCCAGGCCCUGGAGCAGGUCCAGUACCACGGGACCCCCCAGCCCUCCAUCAGCGCUCCCCAGCUGUCCCUGCCCAAGGAGAGGAGAAGGAGCAUGAGCAAAGUGUCGCCCCACGUGCUGGAGAGCCAGGUGAAGGACCUGGGCGGGCAGGUCCAGGACCUCAGCAAGCAGCUCAAGACCAUGGAGACCCAGGUUCAGGGCAUCGUCACCCACGUGCAGCACUUCACCUCCCAGGCCAUCGGGAUGGACCCAGACGUCCGCGAGUGGCUGGAGGAGAAGUUGGUGCCUACGAUGAUGCCUGAGCAGGGAACAGCUACCCUGAUGCCCGAGAAGAUGCCGCCCACCACGCCGACGCCCGAGAAGAAAACCACCACCCCGCUGGUGCCUGGGAAGUCAGUGACCACGGUGACGCCGGAGAAGAGGUCGAUGACCGCAGUGAUGCCUGAGAAGGUGACGACCACGAUGAUGCCCGAGAAGCCAGAGAGUGUGUCGUUGAGAGUCCUGAAGGACAAGGAGGAAGCCGAAGUCAGCAUCAACCAGGCCAUGGGGCUGCUCCAGGACGUCAUAGAAGAGGUGCAAAUCCUGAAGGAAGCCCACCAAAAGGCACAGGAGCUUCCUGAGAAGGCCCAGUGUGUGUGUGUGUGUGUAGGGGCCACACAGGAGGAGCUGUUGUGGUCCUCCACCUCCAAACUCUUCCUCCAGAUUGUCCUGGAAAAGCGGAUUGAGGAACUGGAGAAGCAGGCCAAGGAACGGGACUACAUCCUGGACCAAGUGGGCCGGAAGCUGAGUCUGAUUCCUGUUGGAGACGAAGCCACCAUGGUCACUUGGGAAGAGCUGGAGCAGGCCAUCACUGACGGCUGGAAGGCUUCUCAAGUGUCAGAUAUCCCAAAUUUCCUUCCCUCCACUUUUAUGGUUACUGUUUUUGACGUUCAGUUCUUUCUUUCUUUCUUCCUCUUCAACCAGACCUCGGAGACAUCAACAGUAACUCCUAAGCGCAAAGUCCACGGUCCCUUGACAUCAGCUGAUAUGAGUCAAAGCGGUGUCUCCACCAAGCAUCCGAGCACCGAUUCGGCUGGUGGUUUUGUCCCAUCUAAGACCUUGUCAGGAUCCAGUGGCACAGGAUACCCCUCUGACAGGGCUUCUAGCCGGGAUCGUAGCAGAAUUCCCUCCAUGAUUGGGUUUCCUGUUAGAGAACAGCACUCAAGGGCCCGUGAUGAAGCUGGCAUGCUAAGACCCCAUCACCCCUCUGUAUCUCAGUUCAGAAUGGAUGUAGAUGGUCGCAGGAGUCGAGAGCAGGACAGUUCCUUACACCCAAGAAGGGAUGAGCGAGAUGCACACCCUGGCCUAGUCCAGCAGGAUUCAACCUUGGCCAGAGAUCAGCUGGGCUUGGGGUACCCAGAACAGCAGAGCAGGGUGUACUUAAGCCCAGAUCAAGUCUAUCCAGGGCAGUCUCAGCAUGGCUUAGGGCCCCCUGGCAUGGAUCAAUCUAGACUGGUACAUCCAAGCACUUCUCCACAUGGUGUGGUACCACCCAGCACCGGUCAGCAGGGUGUGGCACCAAUGGGCAUGGAUCAACAGGGACUCAUACCUCCUGGUAUGGAUCAGCAUGGUAUGGUACCUCCUGGCAUAGACCAACAUGGUGUGGAAGAGUUUGGCAUGGAUCAGCAGGGAUUUGUACCACUUGGCAUUGAUCAAUAUGGAUCGGUUAUACCUUUUAUAGAUCAGAGCGGUUUGGUACCACCUGGUUUGAUGCAAGCUGGUACAGAUCAGCAAGCUUUUGUACAGCCCCAUUUGGAAGCACCUGGUUUCAUACAACCUAGCACAGAACAGCAUGAUUUGGUUCAGCCUGGUGCAGACCAGCGUGGCUUCGUCCAGCCUGGCACAGACCAGCGUGUUUUGGUCCAACCUGGCCCAGACCAGCGUGGCUUGGUGCAGCCUGGCACAGACCAGUAUGGUGUGGUGCAGCCUGGGGCAGUCCAGCGUGGCUCAGUCCAGCCUCGCACAGACCAACGUGGUUUGAUGCAGCCUGGGGCAGACCAGCAUGGUUUGGUCCAGCCUGGGGCAGACCAGCAUGGUUUGGUCCAGCCUGGGGCAGACCAGCGUGGAUUGGUGCAGCCUGGGGCAGACCAGCGUGGCUUGGCACAACCUGGAGUAGAUCAGCUUGGUUUGGUGCAACCUGGACUGGAUCAGCACGGUUUGGUGCAGCUGGGUGCAGAUCAGCGUGGCUUGGUCCAGCCUGGCGCAGGCCAGCGCAGCUUGGUCCAGCCUGGGGCAGGCCAGCGUGGCUUGGCACAACCUGGAGUAGAUCAGCUUGGUUUGGUGCAACCUGAAAUGGAUCAGCACGGUUUGGUGCAGCUGGGCGCAGACCACCAGCGUGGCUUGGUGCAGCCUGGGGCAGUCCAGCGUGGCUUGGUGCAGCCUGGGGCAGUCCAGCGUGGCUUGGUGCAGGCUGGGGCAGACCAGCGUGGCUUGGUGCAGGCUGGGGCAGACCAGCGUGGCUUGGUGCAGGCUGGUGCAGACCAGCGUGGCUUGGUGCAGGCUGGUGCAGAUCAGCGUGGCUUGAUCCAACCUGGUGCAGACCAGCAUGGUUUGGGGCAGCCUGGUGUAGAUCAGCGUGGUAUGGUUCAACCUGGUGCAUAUCCACCUAAUCAGCAUGGUUUGGUUCAGCCUGGUGCAGAUCAGCACGGGUUGGCACAACCUGGAGUAGAUCAGCUUGGUUUGGUGCAACCUGGAAUGGAUCAGCAUGGUUUGGUGCAGCCGGGAGCAGACCAGCGUGGCUUGGUCCAGCCUGGCGCAGGCCAGCGUGGCUUGGUCCAGCCUGGCGCAGGCCAGCGUGCCUUGGUCCAGCCUGGCGCAGGCCAGCGUGCCUUGGUCCAGCCUGGCGCAGGCCAGCGUGCCUUGGUCCAGCCUGGUGUAUAUCCACAUGGUUUGGCACAACCUGGUGCCUAUCCGCCUGGUUCAGUGCAACCUGGUGCCUAUCCACUUGGUUUGGUCCGACCUGGUGCCUAUCCACGUGGACUGGUGCAACCUGGUGCACAUCCAAGUGGUUUGCUGGAGCCUGGAGCAGAUCAGCGUGGUUUGGCACCCCAUGGACUUUAUCAGCAAGGCUUGUCACCACUAGGCACAGAGCUUCGUGACUUUUCACCAUUACAAGUAGCUUCUCCAAGUUUGAUAUCAUCACGCACAUAUCAGCAAGGUAUGGUACCUCCUGGCAGAAAUCAGUAUGGCCAGGUAUCACCACUCUUAGCUCAUCCAGGUUUGAUAUCACCAGGUAUAGACCAAGAGGGUUUGGUACCACCCUCAGAUCAACAGCAUUUGGUAUUACCUGGCCCAGAUCAGAGAGGUCAUGAGUACCCUGGCCCAAUGUAUCCUGGCUAUGGUGGUCCAGGGUACCCAGGCGUAGAUCAGCAUGGUCAGAUAGGUUUGUAUCGAGAUCAAAUAGAUGCCCAACCUGGGAUUCCUGCCCAGAUUGGCCCGGGCAAGGACACCACCUUCGUCAGGAGGACAGACUCUCCUGGCGUUCUCUACGAAAGCUCAUCAGAAAAUGUUGAAGACUCUAGUGAGCGACACGAUUCCCUGGAAAAAUUGGCUCCAAGCUUCCCCAUGGCAGUGGAGACAUUUCGUCUGAUGGGAGAGCUCACUGGCCUCUAUGUGGAGCUAAAGGAGCAUAUAAAUGAUUUGGAAGAGGAGCGAGCUGGCCAAACGGAUUUGGAGAAGAUACAGUACAUGAUUGCACUGAUGGUCAAAAAGAGCCUACCCCCUGACCUGCAGGAACAGAUGAAGAGCUUAAAGACCUUGACCAAAGAAGUUCGGCAGGAAAAAGCAAAACUGGACAGGCUGCAAAAGAUCCUGGAGGGUGAAGAGGUGCAAGAAACAGGGAAAGAAGUGAAAGCUGGCCAGCUGAGCUUGCAGCUGGGCGUUCUCAGAGUCACCGUGGCUGACAUUGAGAAGGAGCUGGCCGAGUUGAGGGAGAGCCAAGAGCGGGGCAAGGUCAGCAUGGAACACUCAGUCUCCGAGGCCUCCCUUUACCUGCAGGAUCAGCUGGACAAGCUCAGGACCAUCAUCGAGAGCAUGCUGACCUCCUCUUCCACACUGCUGUCCAUGAGCAUGACCCCUUCCAAGGCCCCGGUAACCUUGGCACCUGGCCAGAUUGACCCUGAGGCCACCUGCCCCGCCUGCAGCCUGGACGUGAGUCACCAGGUCAGCAUGCUGGUGCAGCGCUACGAGCAGCUCCAGGACAUGGUCAACAGCCUGGCUGCUUCCCGGCCCUCCAAGAAAGCCAAGCUCCAGAGCCAGGAUGAGGAGCUUCUGGGCCAUGUGCAGAGCGCCAUCCUGCAGGUGCAGGGCGACUGCGAGAAGCUCAACAUCACCACCAGCAACCUCAUUGAGGACCACCAGCAGAAGCAGAAGGACAUCGACGUAUUGUACCAGGGCCUAGAGAAGCUGGAGAAGGAGAAGGCCAACAGGGAGCACCUGGAGAUGGAGAUGGAUGUGAAAGCAGACAAGAGCGCCCUGGCAGGUAAAGUGAGCCGCAUCCAGUUUGACGCCACCACGGAGCAGCUGAACCACAUGGUGCAGGAGCUGGUGGCCAAGAUGAGCGGGCAGGAGCAGGACUGGCAGAAGAUGCUGGACACGCUCCUGCUGAAGAUGGAUAGCAAGCUGGACCGUCUGGAGCUGGACCCAGUGAAGCACAUGCUGGAGGACCGCUGGAAAUCCCUGCGGCAGCAGCUUAAAGAGCGUCCUCCGUUCUACCAAGCCGAUGAGGCAGCUGCCAUGCGGAGGCAGCUCUUGGUGCAUUUCCACUGCCUUUCGUGUGACCGCCCUUUGGAGACACCUGUGACUGGACAGAUCAUCCCCGUGACACCAGUAGGCCCAGGCCUGCCCGGGCACCGGUCCAUCCGGCCUUAUACCGUCUUUGAACUGGAGCAGAUCCGGCAGCAGAGCCGCAACCUAAAGCUGGGCAGUGCCUUCCCCCGGGGCGACCUGGGGCAGAUGGAGCGGAGCGUGGGGCGCCUGCGCACCAUGCACUCCAAGAUGCUGAGGGACAUCGAGAAGGUGCAGAUCCACUUCGGCGGCUCCGUCAAGGCCAGCAGCCAGAUGAUCCGCGAGCUGCUGCAGGCCCAGUGCCUCAGCUCCCCCUGCUACAAGCGGGUGCCGGAAAUGGCCGACUACACCUAUGCGCCCGUGCCACGGCGCUGCGGAGGCAGCCACACCCUCACCUACCCCUACCGCCGCAGCCGCCUGCAGCACCUGUCACAGGGCCUGUACCCCACCGAGGAGGUCCAGAUUGCCAUGAAGCAUGACGAGGUGGACAUCUUGGGUCUGGAUGGACACAUUUACAAGGGACGGAUGGAUACAAGGCUGCCGGGCAUCCUGUCCAAGAAUGCCCCAGGGGUUGUAAAGCACAAGUCCAAGCAGUCCCGGCUCCACAUUCAACGGCAGCAGUCCACGGGCAACAAUGGCCAACUGCCCUCACGGCCUCAGAGUGCUCAGAUGUUGGCAGGCAACAACAACUCAGGUAGCUUCCCUCCUCAUGGCCCAGCUUGGCCUGGCCAGCGGGGCUGCUCCCGGCUUCCCUGGGCCUUGGUCAAGCUGGGGUGGGCAGGAGGUGGGCAGCAGGUGGGCUACGGGGGCGUGGGGAGUGAGGCAGAAUCGGACGUGGUGCACCCACCCAGCCCCGACAUGGCAAACCUGCAGCCAGGCAGCCCCGUGGGGCUGGAGAUGCACAUGGGCAUGCCUCCUCAGGAGGGGCUUCAGGAGCCCACCCGGGGGCCACGGUCCACCGCUGCUCACUGA